CUUCAAGUCAGCGGACCAGAGUAUUAAUAUAUGUAUAUUUGUGCUGUUAAAUUCAGAAACGUUACUUUAAUUUAAGUUGAUUCCUUUUCUUUGAUUUUCACACCUUACGAGAAAAGGUUUGGGUUAGAAACUAAAUUGUGUCUAAAUUUUAUCAUAUUUCUAUCAAAUGAAAGAAUUAAGUUCCUCCGAUAGAGCCUUGUCGUAGUUAUGACGUUUUGGUUUACACGUGCUUUUCUUUACUUCGUACAAACAUAUAUCAGACCAAUCGAAGAAUUUUCUAUUGAAAAAUUGUUCAGAAAGUUUCAAAAAUUGAUAAUAACUAAUAACACUGCUACUUAUAAUAAUAAUUCGUCCAAAUUCUACCAAAUGAAAGAAAUGCCUGGGCUCCUGGGCAGUCGAGAUUUCAAACAGCUACACGCCACACCGCCACACUGCUUUAGCGUUACCAGAGUUUUGUUGUUUUGUUGAAAAAAAUGUAUGGAAAGAGUCACAGGAGGGCUAAGAAAGACAAAAUAAAGGAAGAUGAGAAGAACGAGGAGUAUUUGGAGGAUAUUAUAGAUAUAGAAGAGAACGUUACCAAGGAUUUUGAAUUUCUAAUAAAUACACCGAUCAUUGAAGACAACUUCCUUGUUCUGAAGUCGGACGAAAGCUGGAACACUGAUGUUUCCAGAUACAUGGAAUACUUUAUGAUUGAUCUUGCAGUCUUGUCCGCAGUCGUUGAAUCGGUUCCGUUUAAUGAAAAUGUUAAAAUUGACAACAAAUAUUUCACCAAUGACCAGUUGACAAACAUUUAUAACAAAGCAAAACUGGGUAAAGAGAACUAUAAUAAAAUUCUGAGUAGAUUAGAAGAGCAAGUUAUUACAGAUAGAAAAGAUUUAGAAGAAAGUCAAGGUUCGGUAGAAGAUGUGUGCGAAGACUUAGAUUUUUUAUUGUCGUUAGAAACACCAGCGGACGAGGCUUCAACAAGCAGGAAAUCUUUAGGUGUAUCUCAUAAUGCCGAUAAAAAAAUAACAGCUAAGUCUGGGGCGUCUGUAAAGUCUAUGGACCUGGAAAAGUGGUUGGAUUCCAUAUUAGAUGAUUAAAUGUAAAUUCUGUUACUACAGUAGUACCCACAUAAGUGAUCAAGCUCGGGACCGGCCUCGGUCAUUUAUGUGGGCAUGGUUAGUUCUCAGAAUUCAACGGAGAUAAGGAAAGAGGAUAAGUGCGAGUGAGAUAUAAUAACUUGCAUCCGAAACCACAUAAGUAUACAAUGUAUCGAUAACGAUCGGCGUCAAGUUACACUCGACACGCUCGAUGUUCGAAGCCGCUUGGCUUCACGGAUUAGUGGAGAUAAAUCUGGUCAAUUAUGUGGGCAAAAAUCCGGUCACUUAUGUGGGCACUACUGUAUUUGUUUAGUUCUUUCAUAUUCGCAGUUCUGAAUUUCCAUAGAUUUUGUUAAAAAUCGUUUUCCUUCUUUUUGUUUGAUUCAUCAAAUAUGUUUUGGGAUACAUCAAAUUUUGGACCAUUGAAAUUAUCCUUGGGACUUUAAUUACCAGUCACUCUAGGUUUUGUUAUUUGAAGUUCUUUUUUUAAUGACGAACAAUAGGUUAAAAAAUAAGUAAUCAUAGAUGUUUAAAGGACUUGUUUCGGUAUCCCGCAAUUGUUUAUAGUUUAUAAAUGUAAAAUACCGGGGAAUACAAAAAAAGUAAUAGAAAAAGGUGACACUAUAAUAAAUUGUAUUCAUUCUUGUUUCAAAGUAUCAUAUCCAAUGUAAUUAUUAAAAUAUUAAUUAUAUUAUUGAAUAUUUGACAAAUAUUGAGUUUUUACCAUGUGCCUAUUUACUGAAUUGUAAAUAAAAUUCUUAACCCUUUGGCUGCCAGGCCCAUCCAUGAAGUAUAUGCGAAGAUUGUCAAAAUUAUCUUAUAAGAAGAAAAUAUCCAUUUU